AUGAGCGUUAAACUGGUGUACCACGCGGCGAUGCUGGCCUCGUUACAGAACACCCGCACACGGCAAUGCUGGAGUCCACCUGCGACAGAGGCGGCCAUGAAUGCGGUGUGGUGGAGGAAGCAUUUGGCAGUGCUCGCGGCGGACAAUGCCAGUUAA